AUGACCAGCAUGAACGUGCAACUCAUGGCUGCCACGCAGCAGAGAACAGUACCGCAACCUAACCAUCCGCCAAACUUUCCUCCUCAUGUGCCUCAGGUUACACUAGGAAACUCCACCGCCAGGAUGAUGGAGAAAUUCAAGAAACUCCAUCCUCCAUCUUUCUCCAAGGUCGAAUCAGAUUUGCUACAACCUGAGAGAUGGAUCAGCGCCUUAGAGAAGGCUUUCGAAGUACUAGAAUGCACCAACACCCAGAAGUUGAUAUGCGUUGGGUACCAGUUACGAGAUGAAGCUGCGGCCUGGUGGAAGUCAACUCGGCCAAAUCUUGAAGCACCUCAUCCGGACCCAACUUGGGAUCAGUUCAAAGAGGUUUUCUUCAGAAAUUACUUUCCAGAGAGCCUCAAAGAUAGAAAAGAAGCAGAGUUCUCUGCCCUCACGCAAGGGUCAAAGACAGUACUAGAAUACCAACAACAAUUCGAGGACCUGCUCCAUUUUGCACCAGAACAUCUGAGAAAUAAGGCAAGCAAGACCAAAAAUUUUGAGAAAGGACUUAAACCUGAGAUUGGAGCUAUGUUGUCAAUCAUGGAGAUUGAAACCUAUACUCGGAUGGUUGAUAAGGCUAAGACAGUUGAAGAUAGACUGAAGGAAAAGUCGACUACAUCGCAAGGGUCAACGAAAAGGUCUGGCGGUUACCAGAACUACAAUUGGCCCAAUAAGACUUUCAAGAGUCCCAGCAACCCCAGCCUAUUGCAGUAUGGAUGCCUUAAAGCGGGUCAAAUCUCAUAA